AUGUCUACCACUGAAGUAGUCGAUACAAAAGUCCAUUUCAACAAUUGGCCCAAUGACCAAGGUUUCGACACCAACCGUGAGCAAAGGUCUCCAGUUGAGUUAACAGUAACCGGGACAAUUCCAUCAUACGCCGCAGGAACUCUUUACAGAACCGGGCCAGGACGAUACAAAAUCGACACAGAGUACGGAAACACAUUCCAGAUUUCACACUGGUUCGAUGGAUUCAGCCAGACGCAUAGAUUCCAGCUCAUUCCUUCAGACGAUGCCGGCUCGGGCAUACGCGUAUUCUACAACUCCCGCUUUUCUACCGGUGACCGCAUCGAGUACGUGCGCAAAACAGGUAGCCUGGAAAAAACCUUCAGUUUUGGCGGAGUCGGAUAUCGAGACCCGUGCAAGGAAUUGUAUCGCAAAGUCCAAAGCAUGUAUGAGCCGCCAGAGGAUAGCCCAUCGUUUAGCAAUGUCGGCGUGACCCUCUCCAUCAACAUGCCCGGGAUGAAAGAUAACAACCAGGAGACGAAUGACGCAGAGGCAGUCUCUCAUAUCAAAACCCUCCACGCCAGAACAGACAACUUCAGCUACAAACAAAUCCACCCGGAAACCCUCGAACCCAUUGGUCUAGCAAACCAAACAACCCUCCACCCGGACCUGAACGGCCGUCUCUCCGCCUCCCACGCAAGGUCCGACCCUCAAACCGGUGAUAUGUACAACUAUAACCUCACCUUCGCACCCGCACCAACAUACCGCGUAUUCCGCGUCUCCGCUGCAACAGGCGAAACAACCAUCCUCGCUGCAUUCCAGGGCAUACCAGCGUACCUCCACUCUUUCUUCCUAACAAAGGACUAUGUGAUAAUCUGCGUCUGGAACUCGCAUCUAGAUCCCUCAGGCUUCGCAAAGGGCUCGUACAUGGCUGCAUUGAAGGACUUCGAUGACACUAUCCCAUCAACGUGGUAUGUUGUUGACCGACGACAAAACCACGGCCAGGGGCUCGUCGCAACCUACGAAUGCCCGGCAUUUUUCUGUUUCCAUACGAUCAAUGCGUGGCAGGAGAUGAGUCCAGAUGACCCUGACAAAAUUGAUAUAGUCGCCGAGUGCGUGAGCUUGAAGAAUACGGAUGUCAUGAAGAAGCUUUCUUAUGACUUCCUUCUCUCUUCGUCCACAGUACCGGGGGCACGUCCAGCUCCCGAUACGAAAGAUAGUGGGGGUAACGGACAAACUCGGAUUGCGCGAUUUCGGUUGCCUUCUGUUCCAAAAUCUGCUCCCCUCCCUUCUUCUAGUGAUGAUUAUGGGAAUAAGACGGCCGGGCUAGCUAUCCUUGAAUCAACAUCCUGCUCAGCCUUAUCCCCCGAACUCCCGACUCUUAACCCAGCCUACGUAACUUUCCCGCACCGGUAUACAUACGCUGUGGUCGACCGCGGGUACUCGACAUUUUUCGAUGGGAUCAUGAAGCUUGACUCCGUGACGAACGAGACUCUGAUUUGGUCAGAGCAUGCCCAGUCUCCCGGCGAGGCCAUCUUUGUUCCUGAUCCGAACGGUUUAGCGGAAGAUGACGGGGUGUUGCUGACUGUUGUGCUGGAUGGAAUGAGCGGGAGAAGUUAUCUGCUUGUGCUAGGUGCGAGGGAUUUGAAGGAGGUUGGGAGGGCGUGUGUGGAUGGGCCGGUUGCAUUUGGGUUUCAUGGCUGUCAUGUUUCUAAUACUGGGAGGAUUGGGGUAGAUUUUUAG